AUGAAUUUAAACAAGGAACUGAUCAGAAUUACAGCAGACAAUGGGCUGGUUGUUUGGGACACUGGGUGUUUUGGGCAGGUGCUCCAAAAAUUGCCACAGCCAGCAGCCCAGUUCCCGGGGUUGAUACAUUUUGUGGGCAUAGCAGCCAAAGACAAAGUGCUCAAGAAGCUCUUCUUCCAUGGUGGGCUAGGACAUGAUGAAUGGGGACCCAUAUACCUCCACCUGGAUCCUCUUACAGUUGAUAAUGACAGCCCAGUCCUGAUUGUUGACAGCAACCCAUUCCCUGAGUUAUCAUCAUGGACAAACUGCAAGCUUGACAGGGAGGCUAGACUCUACCAAUUUAGGUAG